AUGGCGGACAGUUAUGUGCAAGACGAACUCACCAGACUUCGAUUGAAACUAGUUGAAGAAGUAAGUCGAAAUUUCAUCACAUGAUUUUGGGGGAUAUAGAAGGAAACCUUUAAUAAUUCUUUUCACUGUUCAUAGAAAAUCAGAGGUCAAUCAAGCUAUGGAAUGGGCGCUAGUUACUACAGCUCCCCUUCAAGUUCAAACGCUGGUAUAAAGCUUGUACCUGUUUUGAGUAUUUUUGAUUAAUUAAUUUGGCUCAUAUUUUGCCGUUGUUUUGCUUUAGUCCAAUCAAAAUUUUCUUAUAAUUUAUAACGUAGGAAUUCAACAGCUUCUACAAGCAGAAACUCUGAAGAGUGAACAACUUCUCCAAAGAGUUAAAGUAAGAACAUAAAGAAGAGCUCACUUUCCGAGCUAUUUAAAUUUUGAGGGGCCAUUGUCUUUAACUUCUGAACCCUUCCUCCUCUAUCAAGGUACAAUUUUUAAUGUUAUUCAUUACGAAAAACAAUGUUCAACGUGCCAACACAUUUUUCCGCCUUCAGAGAGAGGAAAAUGUGUUCAAGAGUUCGACUGCACUGACAUGCAACUAUCCAUUCCAAUAACCCUUAACCCCCCAAUAAGGUAGGGCAUGCAGACAUUAAAUAGAAAGGCUCAAAAUGUUUUCUAGCCCACGAACACACCUGAAGAGAUUUUUUCCUUCACUCACUAUUUCCUGCAUUUCUCACCAUUUUUGAUUUUGAAGGCAGAGGAAGAUUGGGGAGAGUAGAGAGUGGGAACAUCAGGGUGUGCACAAUGCUAAAGGAUAAAGUGGGUUUCUCACCUGUCUCCUUACCAUGUCCUCAUCCUAGGUAACUCCUGUGACUCAUGCAACAGAAUCAACCCCCACACUCCAAAAAAAUUUUGUUUGUCCUACGGUUAUUUAGUGAAAGUUUAAAGAGAUAUAAAAGUGAGAGAGAAAAAGUAAUUUCCUUUUAAUCAUCCUAGCUAUUUGAGAUAGUCAGUGGUGCUUUCACCAUUGGGGAGGGGGGGGGACACUCUUUUUCUGAGACAAUAUGGUAAUGUGAAGUAAGUAACUUGUCAACAGUUGCUACAUGUCAGGUAACCUUAUAAGUUUUCUCUUCUAGGAGGAAAGACACCAUCACCAAACACGUUCUUACAAUCAAGAUGAUGAUCAUUCAAAAGGUAAAAGCAAAUUAAUUGUUGCGGUGAACAACUUCUGGGAACUCCACAGAAGGUUUAUGAGUAAUUUUAUAUACUUGUCUAAUAUAAAUCCAUAAGUCAACAGUAUUUAUAAACGUACAGAGCUGUCAUUAAGGGGCAGGGGCCGGGGAUUUCCCCCCUCUACCAUGAACGUGGUCCCCGGCUACUUUCAUAGGAUAAUAGAAGAAAAAAUAGAACCAAAAGAAAUCCUUAGCUGUUUUAUUCCGCGCCUACUUGUUGUAUUUACCUGGCAACUUGAAAUCUUUAAGACAGCCCUGGACAUGCUUAAAAGAGUGUCUAAUAUUGUUGACCUAUGGGUCAUAAAAUUUGUCUCAUUAAACAUUUUCUUUCAUGUUAUUGUCAAGUCCUAUGAGUCAUAAAUGUGAUGGACAAAAUCAUUGUUUCAUUGUUGAGUUGGUAAACAGAGUGUUAAGAGAUAACAAGUUGUUAAGUCACAUGAGUAUUGUCUAAAUUAAUCACCAAUGUUACAUGCAAAUUUUCCUGAAUCUAAAACAAAAGUUUUGAUAUUGAAAAUAUCCAUGCAUUUGACUUUGUACAUGGUUAAUUUUAUCCAGAGAUGAUGUCAAUGGUUAUGUCACAGAAUAUGCAGCUUCAGCAGAUGAUGUUACAACAGAUGAUCUCAUCGUCAGCUACAAACAGAUCACAUGCCGCAGAGAACAGAAUUGAUCACCACAGGUAGUUUUGCUGACUUGUAGCUUAUAUGAUUUUCCUUUCGUCUUCUUUGUGCUCAUGAUAACCAAUACAUUGUACAGAUAAACCCAUCAAUAAAGCUGUUCAUCCAUGUGCGUAGAAUAAAGGAUUGGUAAUCUAAUGGUUAUUUAUUUAUUCCUUUGUUGCAAUUUCUUCCAGUUUGCCCACAACCAGACAAGUUGAGAUUGAGCAAAUUGGUCAUCGAGAAAUGACGCCAUUUUCUAACCUUCAAAGAGAUACUAAAAGAGGUACCAGCGAUGUUAUUUUCUUCAUUUGGUAUCUUAUGUUUGGUAUGUUAGUUCCCAAUCUUCCAUGGUCAAAAUAUCCAAAAAUUUACUUUUUAUUGGUUUUAUCAGAGCCUGCUCCCCCAUCACCUGCAGUGAAGCAGUCAGUGGCUGUUCAAAGAAAACCAUCACCCAAACCAUUGGUAAAAUAAUAUUGCUCCAAAUCUUGUGUGUGACUGUUGUACAGUGACUAGAAACUAGCAGCAGUAAGUAAUGGUGACCACUUUAACUCAACAUGGCACAACAUUAUAUAAUCCUUAGAGCAUAUAUUCCUUCCCCCCACCCUCUGUGUCCUAGAGAAUUUAAAGAAGAAGAACCCUUGCCACAAGUUGAGGCUUUCAGCACAAAAUUGUACACUUGUAUCUCCCAAGUUUAAACACAUAGUAGGCCGAGUUCAAGAGACCACACAUAAAACCAGAUGCAAACCAGGCAGAAAGCCUCCAGCCAGCAUAUUCUUUUUGUUCACAAAAUAAUUUUUCUAAAUUAGUACUAGAACGAGAGUGUACUGCAUUAAAAGGUAGAGGCAGUAUAGAGGCAUUUUAAAAGUCUGCUAACCAGCUAUUUUCCUGUAGGUCCCUAGAGGUACUGCUUCUCCUGUGCGACCAACAGAGAGAUUGUCUGAACCACAGAAAAGGUCUCAUACUUCUGUAAAGCCUCAGGGAUUUAUUGGUCAAGUUGCCAGGGGCAAUCCUGAUCAUCCCUACCCUUUUCCUGGGAGCAGAAGAGUCAGAAAGCUGCGGCACUUUGGUUACGUAGCCUGGGCCUGCUUCAUACUUCUAUCACUGCUAAAAAAAGUAGAGCAAAGAAGACUUGAUGCUAUGGACCAUCUGAAUUCUCUUAUUAAUGAUGCCAUUGAUAAGCUCCACAGAAAACACUAUCUUGAUCUUGAUAACCCUAUUUAUGCCACAAUUCAAGAUGCGGUUAAGGAAGAUUCUUUAGAUUUGAAAGUUAAAAAUCCUGGAGUCUUUCAGAGGCUGUCAAGAGAUGCUCAAGCUGCUUUGAGUGAACUUUCUUCAAUGAUUGAGACAAUUGUUUAUAAUGUGACACAAAUCAAACCAGCAACUGGACUGCUUAGUGCAACAAGGGAGGGUGUCCUGUGGGAACUGACACAAGUGGGUGUCCUGUUACCACAAGACUACUUGUGGCAAGUAGAAAAGGUUCGAAGUGAAUUGAUGUGAUAUGUACCAUUCUAGAAUUUUCUCAGACAAUGAACUUUCUCUUUUUCAAGGAAAGGUCCUAACACUCUACCUCUUGGAAGGGAAUUUAUUAAAGAUAUGUCUAGUUCUGUGUUGCCCCUAAAGGCUGGUUUUCACUAGCGAUGGAGUCAGAGUCGUAAGGGGAGUCGUAAGAGCGCUUAUGACCUAGUGAAAAUAAACAAUGAGAGUCGUAAGCGGAAUCAUAAGCGCGACAGAAUCGGAGUCAGAAGAAUCAGAAUGUUUCCAUUUCUUCCGACUCCGCUUACGUCUCUGUCACUUGCAUCUAGUGAUCUAGUGAAAACCAGACUGUUGGAGUCAGAAGCAGAAGUGGAAGGAUUAACCAAUCACAAUGCACAUUCCCACUUUUUGUGAUUGGUUUGGUUCUUCUGCUUCUGCUUCCGAUUCCAACACUCUGGUUUUCACUAGAUCAUAAGCAGAAUGUAAACAAUGGAAUCGUUAGCAAAAUUCCAAUGCUGUUUUCACUAGAUCAUAAGCUCUAUGUUUCUGAUUAUGAUUCGGAUUCUUACUCUGUCACUAGUGAAAACCAGCCGCAAAGGUUCUGCUUAUACUCUGGGUAGUGUUGUACAUAUAUACUAAGAGAUGAGACCAUGGGUCAAUGGUUGCUUACAAGAGGUUAAAAACAGAGGAAAAUUAGUAAAACUGACACCCGAAAAGGUGGUCAUUGUCACUUACGAGAGGUGGCGUUUACAAGAUGUUCCAACUACAGGGCUUUGACUGAAAAAUUUUGGUAUUAUGGGUGGAUGGUUGCUUAUAGGGGGGUGGUAACUUACUAGAGUUGCUCAGAUAUGGUGGUACUUAGCCUGUGAAGAGGGGCCUGGAUAGCUUACUCAUAAUCUAGGAGGUGUUAUACAGUUACUAUAUCUCAGCCAUGUGUCUUAUCAGUUACAAAAGUUGCUUGUAUUUUGCUUUAGUAAAAUCUGUUUUAAAAUUGCAGAGUUAUUAAAAAUUGCACAUGAAAAAAGAAAUCACUUCUGAAAGACAAAAUAUAAAACAUAUGUCCUUUGUUCACAGGAUAACAUGACCUUCUUUGACCGAGGAGAACUGGUCCAAGUAACCAAUCAAGUUAGCACUAUUCUCCUGCUCGGGUUGUUCAUCUCGAGAAGUCUGGUAUCCACACUGUUGUUGAAGCCUACUGAGUGUGGCCUGAUAGACAGUGAACCCAGCGAUCUGGCUGCUUCUAACCUCAAGGUCAGCUGUCAUAAAUUUUGAAAACAAUAUUAUUAUCCUGAAGUCAGCACCCCAUUGAAUCCUUUAGGGGACUUAAUAACUUUCUUUUGUCCCACACUAGUGACUUGACAUCUUUUUCAUCUUUAUUUGCGUAUAAUAAAUUAAUUUAACAUGUUUCAAAGAAUUGCGACUUCUUUGAGGUUUUUUGGUCUACGGUAGACUCUCUCUUAACGGCCACCCUUAUAAGGCGGGCACCUCUUUAAGAUGGACACCUCUGUAAGACGGACACCAAGUGUUGGUCCCUGCAGCAGUUCUUUACUUCCUUAUAUUUGACUCUCUAUAAGAUGAACCUCUCUAAGACAGACACGUGAUGCCGGUCCAUAAGGUGUCCAUUAACUGUAGUCCAUAGUUCACUUUGUUUCCUCAUUGUUUCCCAACCAUCCCUGUGACGACCUGUUACAGGUGCAGGGCAUAUCGGACAUACAGUAAAUCCUCUAUUAAGCCCCCCGAAGGGCUCAUUUAUUUCAAACACAUUUGAGAGGGGGGGGGGCUUAAUAGAGAGCGGGGGGGCGGGUAUUUGAAAGGGGGGAGCGUAUUUAAUUUAGCAAAGACAAUGGUAUCAGUUCUCCACAAAGAACUAGAAUACAAAGUGGAAAAGUUCAAGUACAAGAAGUUAGAGGUCAUGCAGCUGGGGAUCAAAGACAAAUCCAAACUUCCAGUGGGAGAAUAAACCAUCCUGGAUCAGUCCAAAUGAAGUUUUACGGUCAUGAUUGAUUAAUACAGUCUUAUCAUUUAUUAGUGAAAAAUAAUUAGGGGAGGGGAGGGGGCUUAAAAGAGAGGGGGUCAUUAACUUUCUUUCCCUAAAAGGGGCGGGGGCUUAUUAGAGAGAGGGGGCUUUUUUGAGAGGAGAGCCUAAUAGAGGAUUUACGGUAAUUCUAGUGUAAUGGUCCAUUAGGAGUGUGAAUUCUUAGAUUCAAAAUCCGUUUUUUAGAUUCACGAAUCGGGAUUUCAAUUUUACAAAGAUAUCUGCUAGCAGAUAACUGACUAAUAUGCAGGUUGCGCACUCAAUGCAUGAUUUCCAGCUACAGAGCAAGUGUGUUCCGUUCGAUGGUGCGUUUGUCGUUCGUCAAAACAAUGUCAAAUAAAACAAAUAUUAGAUUCGGUAUUUGUGAUUUCCCGAAUAAUCAAGGUCUCGGUAAGUGUUAUCAGCCUGGGCUUUCGGCUCGGCUGAUAACACAUACCUCGACCCAGAUUAGAGCGGUUUUCAUUUGAGUGUCGAAAAGUAAUUGGUUUUGCACUUUCUACACGAUGCGAUUGGCUUAAAAGAUUCGCGCCACCUUUUCAUCCAAUCAGAAGUAAAACCAAAGCCAAUUGUGACGCAGCGCUUUGCGUCAGCCACAUGUAAUUACUUCGAGUUUUCAUUGGUUCAAUGUAUUGUCUGUGUCCUAUGUGAUUGGCCAGAGUAAUUACUUUGGUUUUGGUUUUACGACACUCAAACGAAAACCACUCUAUUCCGGAUGUCACAAAACUGAGAACCGAAUCCAAAAAAAAUUAUUGAUGGUAUUUUUUCCUUGAAUGUUAGGUUUUAGCCUCUGUUCUUAUGAGAAUUGUACGUGACGUUUCGUUAUGGCAAAAGAAAAAGACGAUGGUAAGGCUUUACAUCCGACAUCUUGAGUUCUCCUUUUCCCGUAGGUAUAGCCUGCGUGGCAAACGUUUGCGAUCAAGUUAACGCUCGAAAGUUGGAGCGAGAGCGCUCUUGUUCUAACUUUCUUGGCGAACUCGCGCGGAAUGGCUUGUUGCGCAGACUACCGUAGAUCAUUCAUGAUAGAACGUGAAAAUCACAACAUGGACGGGAGAACCUAAUUUUCACUGGUCGUAGUCGUUGGUAAAUUGCCGUCAGAGUGUAGACUACGAGCAGUCUCUCUUUUUUCUUAGUCUAGCGAGCGAAACGCGCGAGACACGAAAAUGACUACUUGUAUUGCGGCUUCGCGGUUCCACGCUCGCACUUCCCUCACUAAAUACAAAGAAAAAGAGAGACUGCUCACAGUCCUACCGUCAGUGAGCUAAAAUGUCUCGGGAAGAGUAAAAUAUCAUCAUUCGAGGGUCUGGGUCGCGGAGCACUAGAAUUCGCUCUGCUUCUGCUGCAUAAGUCACAGGAGGAAGGGAAGGGAAUCGCAAAUAAAACUGCGAGCUUAAGCUGAUUUCAGUGUCCCCUAGAACUAAAAAAAUCCCCAAAUCAUCCGUUUCACUUUGAAUGUUCUUCCCUCUUUUGUCCUCGGCUCCCAUCUCAGUCUUUCUACUGAUAAAUACAACAAAGGUACCAUUUUUGUCAUACUAAAAGUCACUGUCUCUUGGAAUGUUGUUUAAAUACUCACGCCUCAUUCUUGAUUUCUCUCUUCUUGGCAUUUUGCAGCCUUUAGCGUCGGAAGUAAGCCAAGAACUGUUUAGUGAUGAGGAUAUGAAAUAUAUCUACAAGAAACUAGAUGAUACAUUGAUUUGGAGUAGGGUCUGUAUAUUCAUUUGUCCUUUCUAAAUAUUCUUAAGUUGAGUUUCAUCAUUGGACACCAUACCCCAGUGAGACAACUCAAACGUUCAAAAUGUUUUUUCUGAUAUGAGAUGUUUUCAUUUUUCUUGACAGGCAAACCUGAGAAGAUGGGCUGAAGCUUAUAUAAACUCUCUCAGUAGAAGUUAAUACUCUGUAAAAAAAAAUGAUACCCGUGAAUUACGUUAUGGUGGCUAACUUUCUCGACUCGCGAAAAAAGUUCUGGUGAGCGUUAAAGGGCGUGACCCUAGAGAUGCAAGAUUAUGCAAUUAAAAUUGCAAAGCCGUGUUUACUUGUCAUGACACACUAUUCUGCCAACCUUUGUAGUAUAUGAGUGUAUUUUGUCGC